ACUUUGGAGUUGGUCCAACUAAACCUUAUAAUUAGUGGCUAGCACGUAUAUUGUAUAUCACAUAUAUGUGUCAAAUUUGUAAAUUUUCUCCUUCCUCUCCCAUAAUCCCAUUUCUGAUUUUUCUUUCAAUUCUCCAAAGUAUGGAGCUUCCCUUUUGGAGAAACUCCAGUACAGCUCAGAGAAUUCCAAAAAUUUGCUUGCUUCUUGCUUUAAUAUUAAUAAUUCUUAGUCUUCUCCCCCUUUAUCACCCUUUUUGUUGGUAUCCUGCGAAUUUAGUCGUAGACCAUUCUUCUAAAACACCACCACCAUAUCAUACUAAGGACGAAAAAAUAAAAAUUACUGAGGAGGAAGACACGUGUGAUGUAUUCAUUGGAGAGUGGGUUCCUAACCCUGAUGCUCCAUAUUACACGAACACGACAUGUUGGGCUAUCCACGAGCACCAAAAUUGCAUGAAAUAUGGGAGACCUGAUACUGAAUUCUUGAAAUGGAAGUGGAAGCCAAAAGGGUGUGAAUUGCCAAUUUUCAACCCGUAUCAGUUUUUGGAUAUGAUGAGGAACAAGUCUAUGGCAUUUAUUGGAGAUUCAGUAGGAAGAAACCAAAUGCAGUCUAUAAUGUGCCUCUUGUCUCGGGUGGAAUAUCCGAUUGAUAUUUCUUAUGACCAAGAUCAAAAUUUCAAAAGGUGGAAAUACACAACAUAUAACUUUACCCUAGCAGCAUAUUGGUCACCCUUCUUGGUCACAGUUAAAGAGUCAGAUCCUGAUGGUCCUAGCCACACAGGACUUUUCAAUCUUCAUCUUGAUGAACCUGAUCCAAAAUGGACUACCCAAAUUGAACAAUUCGAUUAUCUGAUCCUCAAUUCUGCUCAUUGGUUCACAAGGUGCAGUGUUUACUAUGAAAAAAAUCAAAUAAUUGGCUGUCGUUACUGUGGACUCCCAAAUGUUACUGAAAUCCCAAUUACUUAUGGCCAUCAAAAAGCAAUUAAAACAGCUUUAAAAGCCAUAAAUAGUUUAGAAAAUUUUAAAGGUGUUACUUUUAUUAGGACUAUUGCACCCUCUCAUUUUGAAGGUGGUGAAUGGAAUAAAGGUGGAAAUUGUGUGAGAAAAGGGCCAUUUAGAAGCAAUGAGACAAGUUUGGAUGGUGUAAGUUUGGAAUUUUAUAGGACACAAGUUGAAGAAUUUAAGGUUGCAGCUGAGGAAGGGAAGAAGAAGGGUAAAAGGUUCAGAUUAUUGGACACGACACAAGCAAUGUUGUUGAGACCAGAUGGUCAUCCUAGUAAAUAUGGACAUCGGCCAAAUGCUAAUGUGGUUUUGUAUAAUGAUUGUGUACAUUGGUGUUUGCCUGGUCCUAUUGAUUCUUGGAGUGAUUUCUUGCUUCAUAUGUUGAAGUUGGAGGGCAGGAGAGCCCUUGAAGAAAAUCUUCAACUGAAAUAAGGGGUAAAAAAUGGCUACCCUGAUUUUUUAUUUAUUUAAUUAUUUAAUUUACUUGUUUUGGUUCAUUUUAAAGAGGAAUAGCAUAGCCAUCAAUGAUUACUUGGAAAUAGUGUAAAGAGGGUACUAUCAGCAUUGGAAAUUGAAAGAGGAGUUCAGGCGUGCUU